UCAAGAGCCCUCCUUCGCUCUCAUUCAUACAACCAAUGGACAGAAGAGUAGGAACAGCUCAGCAAUAAACUGAACAUUCCACAGUGCAAAAGAGCGAACCAGCAAGCAGUUACGCGUCGCUGCUAGGAGCGCAACGGGUUUAGGGAAUCGUUACAGCAGUUAAGUCUUAUAAGGACUGAAAAAGAUCAGACUGAAAAUCAACAUAAUACAGCAUCUGUGGAUAAACAACUAAACACUGGAGCCGUAACUAAUACCCAUUACCGCAUCGUAUGUGUUUUUUUUUUUGUGGCGACCGGUCCACAACUUUCAGCCCGUCCAGAAAUCUGCGAUUUCCACUGGUGUGGCUCCAGUCUUGUCCUAAACGUCUUUGUCAUGGAAUGUUGAUUUUUGCUUCUUUGGAAUUUACUGCGAGAUACCAACUGGGAAUUAUAACGACAGCACAGGCGCCAUACGGAAGGCAUUUGCCAUUUCGAGUUCAUUUUAAUGCUUUGUAAAUUAUUAUUCUGUGUUUGGUCUGCCCUAUAUAAAACUGAACUCUUUUUCCUGGCAGUUCACUUGUACUUCUAUGCGCUCGCAUAUCUUUGUGAUUUACAAAACUUAAGGUCCAAAGUUUUCAAAUUCAGGACGCAAGGAUUGUUGAGAGAAUGAGGAGUCUCUGGGUGAAGCAUGAGGUGUCGGCGCAUUGUUUUUAGACUGGCGUGUCUAAUGCUUCUAUGGGAGUGUGUAACACUAAGUAUUCACUGCUGGGUUUUGGCCACCGCAGCGGGUUCCAGUGAUGUCGCUGGUCCCCUCGGCUGGCUCCUUUCAGAUAAAGGGCCUUUUCAUCACUCCGCGGAAUUUACGGAGUUCGUUGAGCGCUACCAACAGGGCUUUACCACCAAGUACAAGAUUUACAGAGAGUUUGGUCGCUGGAAGAUCAACAGCCUGGCGCUGGAGAGGCAGGACAGCAAUGGCCUCUCUUUCCCCCUUGACCCGGAGUUCAUGCAGAGCAUCAGACACCUGGGCCGCCGGCCGAACCUCCGCAAGAUCACAGAGAGCAUCAUCAAGAAAUAUGGCACCCACUUCCUGCUGUCCGCCACACUGGGAGGUGAGGAGUCCCUAACCAUCUUUGUGGAUAAGAGAAAGCUGAGCAGGAGAGCGGAGGGGGGUGCAGAAUGGAACAGCACGGCAGUCACACUGGAGACCCUCCACCAGUUAGCCGCUUCCUACUUCAUCGACAGAGAGAGCACGCUCCGCAAGCUGCAUCACCUCCAGAUCGCCUCCACUGCCAUCAAGGUGACCGAAACAAGGACAGGCCCGCUCGGAUGCAGUAACUAUGACAACCUCGACUCUGUCAGCUCUGUUCUAGUUCAGAGUCCUGAAAACAAGAUUCAAUUACAAGGACUACAGGUAAUUCUUCCAGACUACCUGAGGAGUCGUUUUGUGCAAGCAGCCCUCAGCUACAUCGGCUGUAACUCCGAGGGGGACUUUGUGUGCAGGAACAAUGACUGCUGGUGCCAGUGUGAUUCUGGGUUCCCUCAGUGUAACUGCCCAGAUGUGGACCUCCGUGCCAUGGAGAACAACCUUCUACACAUCAAAGAAGCCUGGAUGCUUGUCAACCAGGAGUUUGAGGAAUCAGAGGAGUUCCAGGUCUUUGUGGGCAGGCUGCCAACAUUCUAUGCUUUGAACACGUCUGCUGUGCAGUACUUCUGGAAGACGGACCCUGGGGUCCAGCGGAGAUACCGACAGCUUGAGACCAGCACCAGCUUGCUGGCUGCCAAAGCCCGCAGAAUUGUUAACAAGCUCUUCACCCUCAGCAAGAGGUGCAACACGCAACCCAAAAUAGUUGUACAGAAGGAGAGGUCUUUAAACUACUGGCUGAAUUACAUCUUGUCAAUACUGUACUGCAGUGAGAAUAAUCAUAUUGGAGUCUAUACAGAGGAGACACGGAGCUGUUUCUGCCCUUAUGAGCACCUCAGCUGCCAGGGGGCCAUUCCAUGCACAGUUGGGGACGGACACCACUGCGCCUCCUGCUCCCCAGAGAACCGUUCGCGGUGCGCUGACUGCAACCCUGGCUACAUGCUAAGCCAGGGCAUCUGCCGCCAUGCAGUCCCUGACUCCACCGACCACUACAUUGGCUUCGAGACGGACCUGCAGGAUCUGGAGAUGCGAUACCUACUCCAGAACCGCGACAGCCGAAUUGUGGUGCACGCCAUCUUCAUCAGCAAUGACAUGCGGCUUAACACCUGGUUCGACCCCUCCUGGAGGAAGAGGAUGCUUCUCACACUGAAGAGCAACAAGUACAAGUCCAACCACGUCCACAUGUUGCUGGGGAUGUCCCUGCAGAUUUGUCUUACCAAGAACAGCACUUUGGAGCCUGUACUAUCUGUCUACAUCAACCCCUUCGGUGGCAGCCACUCGGAAAGCUGGGUCAUGCCCAUCAGUCAGAACAGUUACCCCGAUUGGGAGAGGACUAAGCUGGACAUUCCCUUGGACUGUUACAAUUGGACACUGACUCUAGGUAACAAAUGGAAGAGCUUUUUUGAAACGGUCCACUUCUACUUGCGGAGCCGGAUCAAGACUACCUCGGCAAAUGGCAAUGGCACCAUCUACUUGGAGCCGCUGGAGUUGGCCGAGCCUGCCCAGAACCUGGGCUACAUGAAGAUCAACAGUAUGCAGUUGUUUGGCUACAGCAUGCACUUCGACCCGGAAGCAAUCCAGGACUUGAUUCUGCAGCUGGACUACCCAUAUACUCAGGGAUCACAGGACUCGGCCCUGCUGCAACUGGUGGAGAUCCGGGACCGCGUAAAUCGUCUGUCCCCGCCCGGACCCCAGCCCCUUGACUUCUUCUCCUGCCUGCUUCGACACCGGCUCAAGCUGUCCGCCACCGAGGUGGUGCGCAUACUAGCCGCCUUGCAGGCUUUCAGUGCCAAACAACCAAACUCUGUAGAGUAUGAAACAACCAAACUCUGUAGUUAAUCUGUGGGCAUGGACGACCGAAACAAGAAUGACUCAUUUUGACAAAAAAUGAUCCGUUUUCUGUGAUAUUAAGGUCAUAAAAUGGUCAUUGAAGAUUGUAUAAAUGUAAAAAAAAAAUCUAUAAUUUAUCUUUUUUUUCUGGAGGAAAAAAGUCGGUAGUAUUGAAAGAAAGCACGAGGAUGAGUUGAGCUGAAUAGGAACUGCUCAUUACACACUAAAGUACUGUCCUCACAGGCUGGUCGGUGAAAUGCUUAGUAAGGGCAAUCAAGGUCUUUCCUUGGAGUUUCUCUUCUUUUAGAAAAACCUCUUGGUGCUUUUUAAGUGAUUACACAUUUAACAAGCCUGACUAUACUUUAGAGAUUUGUGAGAGCCUGUGCCAUAGGUGUGUUCCCUCUGUGUUUCAGUGGAAAGGUUUCAGUAGAUUUUGUGGACUAUUAAUGUACUAAUCUCAUAUUAAUUUCAAGAGUGUUGAAGUACCAAAGAGGGCCCACUGGUUUUGCAUCCCCAAGACACUAAGAAGGGUGGGAUCGUUAGAAAUUGGAAUUCAUCAUUUAUGGGCAUGAGACGUUCCACAAGGCUGGAUGUCAUCUGGAGGUUCACCACCAUCCCAUUCUAUUUCAGUGGCUUGUGUAAUCCACACAUGUAACAUGAAAUAAUUGGUCUAGAUGGAGAUUUUGGAAUGCAGUAUUUCUGAAAGAUUACCCUUUUGUUACAGCCUCACUCGGUAGCAUGCUGCUUCUUGUCUCCCCAUCUUGUAAGUACAACAGGUUCUGCUGUAGUUUUGCUAGUUGUGGGUAAACAAAAACCAUACAUGUCUCUGGGGGUAAUUCUACCCCCUACUGUUUAUGUUUUUACUAAAUGGAUUUUCGUAUUUACAAAUAUCUAUAUUACCAGUACUUGUUUUUUUAUGUUUUUUUUUUUUUUUUGGUUGUUGUUUGUUAUUGUUAUUUUUUUACAAAUAUUUGUAAACAGAUAAUUUAAAGAGUAAUUGUGCUGUAAAAAGGGAAAAUCUUGUAGUUUUCGGCAGAUAAUGUUUAUGUAUGUUAUAUAUUUACUGUAGCCCUUUUAAUACAGAUUAUUUGUGUAAAGUAAAGAAAGUUAUCCAUACUAAAUUAAAUUACAUAAUAAAAUGUAAUACAUGAUAGAAAAGUCGUAAAAUAUUGGAAAAUCACAGUCAUCGUAUUUAAAUUGUCCAGGUACUUGGUCUCUAUGUUUACCACUGAGAGCAUUGAAAUAUUUUAACCAUUUCCAGGUCUUAUUUUUAUAUUGUUUUUCUUUCGUUUAAAAAUAUAUAGCUUUUGUGGUACAUCAAAGGAUUGUGCAAAACAUGCAACGACUUUUAAAAAUGGCAACAUGCUGCAACAGAAAAAGUUUUUUUUUGUUUGUUUACUAAUUUACAAGCACUAGCACUGUAAAUAUAUAUUGUAGUUAAUUUAGACUGAUCUAUUAUAGUCUAUAUUAUGUUAUAACAUUGUGUCACUAUUCAUUUUGUUACAAAAUGAAAUGUAUGAAAAAGAAGGCCCAACCAAAUGCAAAAUGUGUCCUUGGGGGGAAUAGUUAUCAUGAAUAUAUUCAGUUCCUAUGUGUAAAAGGAGCAGUGUGCCUGAAAACAUUAAAUAUAGACAAAAAAAUAAACUUUCGCAAACUUAGAUAAAAUCAUA